AUGAAAUCAAUAGGUGUUUUCGUAUCAACACGGAAUUCUGGCGUUGAUUUGGAAUCUUACAUUUUUCAUUCAACUAUUAAAACAAUCGAGUCAGUCAAUAAUAAAAUUGUUCUUGUUAUCUAUUCAAUUGUGCUUAUCUUAAGUAUAAUACAAACAUUUUUGAAGAAUAAACGUAUUGAUCGAAUAUUGGCUUAUAUGAAUGAAAUUUAUUCUGAUAGGAAAUUGGAAUCAAAUCAAGUUUGUUUUCAUGAACAAAUAAUAACUUGUUAUAAAUUUGAUCAGCGUUUCUCGCAUAUUCCUAAUCCUAAUCGAUCAAUAUUACUCAUUAUUGCUACUCAUGUACAAGUACUUAUGCUUAUUAUAAUCAGAACUUUAUUUAUUCGACGAAGUGAAUCUGUAAAUGAUUGUUUCUCAUUUCACUAUCCAUAUAAAGUACUUGAAUGUGAAAAUAAUAGAGAUCCAUGUCGAUUAAAUGAGACUGAAAGUAUUCCAAAAUGUACUUAUUAUUAUUUUGAAAUGACUCAUCUUAUUACAAUGGUUACAUCUGUCAUUACUUGGCAUUAUGCUCUUCGUUAUUUUGUUGUAAAAUUGGUUUGCUUCGUUCGAUGGGCAUUUUUUCGUGAUAAUGAUCAGCCACGAAUAUCGUGCUUGUGUUGCGGCCCGGCAAGACUAUGUAUUACACGAUAUCUCAUAUAUUUACAUUAUAUUAUUUUGUGGUGUUAUCUCUUCAUUUUAAUUCUAUUUGGCUUUAUGCGGAAUAAAGGUCACUUUGGUAUACCAGUCAAUAUGUUAGGAUCUGUCUGGGCACCUAUUCUUACAACAAUAGAUCGACUUUGUUCAGUCUAUCUGGCUAUGAUACCAGAAUUAGUACAAAAUUGGCUGGAUACGUCAGCAAAUGGUACAGCUUUACAAGUUGUUGAGUCGAAAGAAUUACCUCUUGCCAAUUUCGAACCUCUUAUCUAUUUAAUCAGCAAGAAAACAAAAUUUUCAACAUCAUUCAAAAACAGAGUAUUAUUGACUAAUGAAGAAGUUGUUAUUGACUCGAUAUCUCAUACAAAAUAUUGA